GUCUACGCGGCCAGUUUGAAUCAAGGAAGGAACUCGCAGCUCAGUGAGAUACACAACAUCCUCACGCUCUCUCUGUUCUCAAAGACUUUCAUAAAGAUAUUGGAAGGAAAAUAGAAGAGUUUGGUUAUUCAUCCAUAUUCGAUAUAGUUACAGAGAAGUAUUGAGAAAAUGGAUGACUAUCUGAAGAUAGAGAAAAUUGGUGAAGGUACAUAUGGUGUGGUAUAUAAGGGCAGGAAUAAAACCACUGGACAAGUGGUUGCUAUGAAGAAGAUCCGCCUGGAGAGUGAGGAGGAGGGAGUUCCCAGCACCGCUGUCAGAGAAAUCUCCCUCCUCAAGGAGCUCCAGCAUCCCAACGUUGUACGCCUGCUGGAUGUAUUGAUGCAGGAGUCAAAGUUAUACCUGGUGUUUGAAUUUCUGUCCAUGGAUCUGAAGAAGUACUUGGACUCCAUCCCAUCAGGCCAGUUCAUGGAUCCCAUGCUUGUCAAGAGUUACCUGUAUCAGAUCCUUGAGGGGAUUCUGUUCUGCCACUGUCGCAGGGUUCUGCAUCGUGACCUAAAGCCCCAGAAUCUGCUGAUUGAUAAUAAAGGUGUGAUUAAGCUGGCAGACUUUGGGCUGGCACGUGCCUUUGGAGUCCCGGUCAGAGUGUACACACAUGAGGUGGUCACUCUGUGGUACAGAGCUCCAGAAGUCUUGCUGGGGGCCUCACGUUAUUCCACACCAGUAGAUGUCUGGAGUAUUGGUACCAUCUUUGCCGAACUCGCUACAAAGAAACCUCUCUUCCAUGGAGACUCAGAAAUAGACCAGCUCUUCAGGAUCUUCAGGACUCUUGGAACCCCUAACAAUGAGGUCUGGCCAGAUGUUGAGUCGCUGCCAGAUUAUAAGAAUACCUUCCCAAAGUGGAAAUCUGGGAAUCUGGCCAGUACUGUGAAAAACCUGGACAAGAACGGCAUUGACCUGCUCACGAAAAUGCUGAUUUAUGACCCUCCUAAGCGGAUCUCAGCACGGCAAGCAAUGACACAUCCAUAUUUUGACGAUUUAGACAAGAGCACUCUUCCAGCCAGUAACCUGAAGAUAUAGACUUCAGUUCUAAAGCAAUGGAAGCUUAGUCUUUUGACAUGCAAUAAUUAACCUUUUGCUCAUUUGUUUAUUGGGUGGCUUUUGUACUUUUCUACUUUUUCUACUUUUGUUUUGUCUUUUUGUAUGUCUUUUUCCUAUCCUGUUUUAUGUUUCAUCAAACACCCGUUUGUAAAUAAACAUAUAUAUUUUUUGUGGACCCAAAGUGGCAUAUUACAAAGGUAAACUGUUCAUAAUAAAGAGCACUUUGUAAAAUCCCA